UCAUGGAGACUGAUGGCUGAUGUGUGGUUUAUGCUCCGUUUAAAGUAAGCCGCGGCGUCGCUUGCGAGCUGAUCAUUAUUGUUGGUGUUGUUGAUUUGAAGUGUUAGUCGGGUCGCCGGUGGUCCACACACACAUACUCGUGUUCAACACACAUGAUCUUCAGCUAACCUGCAGUGUUCAAUCCCUCCCACAUAGGGCGGCUAUGGCUUUUCCCCCCUCCGGUAAUAAAAAGGCUGCAGAGAUCUCGUCGUUUUUCUCACUAUAUCCCCCCCCCCAGAAAAUAGACAGCACCCGAAGCAUGAACGUUUGAUUAACCCCAACGUGUGCGCGACGGGCAGACGUUGAGGAAAGUCUUUAUUUCGGUCAACAAAGGCCGCCCCGACGCGAGGUGAAAUGAGUUCAGACUCGGGCUGUGGACGCGGUGGCGGAGGCGCUGUGCGUUGGCGUGGUGUCCCGCGGUUGGCCGCUAGGUGGCGGGACGAGUCCAGUUUGCGGGGGGGAUUAGCGGGGCUCGUGCAGUCCGCUACCGGCAGCCUGCGUUCUUCUUUUUAUAACCGCCUGUAAAACAGCAAGUGCAAAACCAUGAGAUGGCAUUCAAAGGCAAAGCGGUCGACUCGAAGGCCGUGCUCCUCAACCUGCUGCAGUGUCUGCUCAUAUUCUACUCUCUCUUCUACAUGAUCGGGAGCGUGUGCUUCGGUGCCUUCAGGUUGGAUCACUUUGACGGACUGAUUCCAUUUGACUUUAAGACCGAACUUGCUGAAUCCAACUCCAAAUACUUGGUGAACCUCCUGUCUUUGGAGCUCACCUACUUUUGCAGCGGCCUCUUGUUUGCUGCGGUGGUGAGGAGGCGCGUGUGGGACUACGCCCUCACUGUCACGCUUCUGCAUGUAAUGAUCACCAGCCUUGUGAUGUUGGAGUUUCCCAUGGUGUGGCAGUGGUGGCUGGCUUUAGGUAGUGGCUUGUUUCUGAUGAUCUGCAACGGUCAGCUGAUAGCUUAUUUUACCUGUCAGAGUGACCAGAGCUACGCCUCCUUCAGCAUCUACUGAUAAACAGAGUAUCUCUGUGAAUGAACAAGUUUAAUUAUCAGUGAAGACAAUGUGCCGGUAAUGGGCUUUUGUUCUGUUACUGUUUGCUUGUUAUGAGUAUAAGACUCACAAGCACACUUUGAAGCUGUUUUCAGACAUGAACUCCAGAAAUGCAAGCCCUGGAAAAUGUUGCCGUUCACCUGAGAGGAACGCAGCAGGAGAUUGUCUGGGUCACACACGUUCACAACAGCAGGGACAUUUCCAGAACAUUCAGGCGACGGGUGGUACCGGGGACAAGACUGCAGGAGGCAGAACGUGACGCCCAUGAAUUUGCUGUAGAUUUUUCCUGCCGUAUUCUCACAUGGGCUCACUUCUACAUUUUUCGGAGGUUUUGACUGGCAGGGAAAGGGACAUUUGCAGACAUUUGUGUUUUCACAAACAGCCCCUUUGGGAAAGUUCAGGAAAAAUGUCCAGAUAUAAGUGCAUGUCUCAAAGCAGCUUAAAUCAGCGCUGGGCCCAAUUUGUCAACAAUUUGUCAACUGACUGGCAUCCUGCUGAUUUCAUGUAAAUGCCACAAGGAGAUGUUCUCUGUAUUGUUCUUCUGAUGCACAAUGCCUCUGACACUAAGCAGUAUUUUAGGGCAGCUUGUGAAGUAUUUCAGUAUUUUUUUAUGUUAACUGUGAAUGUAAAAGCUGAAUGGGAACAUUGCAAUAUAUGUUGUAAUUCAAAUAUACAAAAGUGAAGUUUUGAACAAUGACA